AUGUACGGGCACGGACUUCGACGUUUACUUUACUCCGGCUCGGUCAUCGCGUUGGCUGCACGGGCCAAUGCGCGAACCAUCACGGUCACAAAUGCUUGCUCGUUCACUAUAUGGCCAGCGAUAUUCACCGAUCCCACCACGAACUCAGCGCUCCCAGAUACGCCCACAGGCUGGGAGGCGCCGCCCUCCACUUCUGUAUCUUUCACUGUACCGGAUAACUGGGCAUCUGGGCGUAUAUGGGGCCGAAGCGACUGCAACUUCAACACCACUACCCCCGGCCCCAACUCCUGCGUGACAGGGGGCUGUAAUGGAGGCUUGGAAUGCGACAAGGCGACCGGAACUGGUGUCCCUCCUGCUACUCUCGCUGAGUGGACGCUCCAGGCAUCGGGGAAUAAUGACUUCUAUGACGUAUCACUCGUCGACGGGUUCAAUCUGCCUCUCACGAUAGCCCCAUCAUCUACGGAAUGUCACACGGCCAGCUGCCCUGUCAAUCUCAAUCAAGUGUGUCCCUCAGACUUGGCUGGCCCUAGCAACUCCUCCGGCGUGGUGGAGGGAUGCAAGAGCGCAUGCUUUGCCAAUCUCGACGGCAACCCUAGCGAUUCGGCGAAUUGCUGCUCGGGUAGCCAUGGUUCAGCCGCAACCUGUCCUCCGACAGGAGUCGCGUUCUACACGUACUUCAAGGGCAACUGUCCUGAUGCAUAUGCGUAUCCUUUCGACGAAGGGAGCGGUACAGCUCUUUGGACAUGCAGCGCCACCUUCAAUUCCGACUAUACAGUGACGUUCUGCCCAACUCAAGAAAGAGCAGUCCCUUCUCCGACCAUACCCGCCUCUGCCUCAACCACACCAGUCGAGACAGAGCCAUUUCCGACCCGUGGUGCUGCCAUACCUCUCGCUAUACCCUUACACUGGUGUACACCGCUGCUCGUCGCAACAUUGUCAGCUGUCCUUUUGUUGUCAUCGAUAUAA